UAACAAUGACAUUGAUGUUUGUUUAUUUGCUGUACGAGCAGCCGGCAAGGACGACGACGGCGGCGGCAGUAGCGGUGACGACGACGACGACGACGAGUCGUACAAACAAACCGGUCAACAUAAGUCACGUUAUGUAAGUGUAAACUGUGUGCCUAAUGCGCGCGACCCAUCCGAAAUCGAAAAACUAACAUUUCGUGCGAGCGAUCCGAGAUAAUCCGAGUUUUGUGUGAGCGUGUCUGUCUGUUUGCUUGUUUGUUCGCCCGUUGGCGCGCGCGUUAUCUGGAAAGUUAAAGGUCGACGCGUUAUUUAUGACCGAGCGAUACGCGUUUGGGUACACAACUAACACAGUGCCCCGUCGUCGUCGUUGUCACCUGUCGUCGUCGUCGACGCCGCCGCUCCGACUCGACGUACAUGAAAAUAACAACGCAAUAAUCGGCAGUGCUAACCACAACAGUAAAUGACGUUAUCGCUGGUGCUCUGUAACGUCGCAUUAAUAAUGAACAAAAGACCUGAAGACGGGGCCUUUACCAAGGCCAGAAAACGGUUAUUGGCGACCACCUGGGCUACACCGAUCUUCGUUGCACAGACUUCUACCGGGGCUACUUCCGUUACAAGUGAGAUUGAGAACGAAUCGACCUUCAUCCAAACUGUACCAGAUAUUAUCACAAGUACCAGUACACCAGGCGCCACAGAGAACAGUAUUUCGGCCAUCACCGGGACUACACCGGUUACCAACUGGACUUUCACAAACACCACAGCUACCGACUCAGUAAGUAUGCCUAAACCGUUUGUACACCGUAACGAUGAACUUUGGGGUGAUGACGAAGAGCGAGAACGUAGACAACAGAGAUUCUCUUUGAUAUAUUUAGAUGACUUUGUGCGAAUGGGUGAAAAUGAUUACCGCCGUAGAUAUGGGCUCCGUGUCAUACAAGGACGACCCUGGUUACUCCGGGGUGCGGGUCAAGGUCCGUUAGCAUUAUACGAAAGAGGGGAAGAGCUUUAUACGCCAUUAUUUACCGUUAUGUUGAUCCCGUCUAACCUUGAUAACCCCAACGAAGGACAUGAGUUUUUGCACGGCGAUCCGCUUAAUCUAAACCGUAACAUACCACUCGAUAUGCAUGCCGACAACAUCGCGGAAAUGUUGCGCGAUCGCAUUCUCCAAAUGCAACAUUUCACAAUCAACGACCAAGCGACUGUGGACGCAAUACAACGGUUGCGGAACUCGAUGCCCUCACAGGACUCUUACAACUGGAUUUUGUUGAUUGUAAUUAUCGCCACAAUGCACCCGCAUCCGAACGACCCACCCGUCGUUCGGUUCCAUCCGGGUAGGUUGGCAAUCAGCCGGGCCGCGCGCAUGUUGGUGGGCCCCCGUGGCAUAGUACAUGGUUGGGCCGGUAGCAUGCCGAACAUAAUGAACGCGUUACAACAACACGGUGAAAUUUCGUCAUUCAUGUGGUCACACAGAUGUACUAUCGACGCUGAAACAGACGGAGGCAGUUCAUUCGACUCGGAUUCUGUCGGUUACGAGAGCGACAGUUGGAAAAGUGGACCGCGAGGUGUGGCCCGCGGGCGUCCGCCGGUCACUGGUAUGUCGUCGUUGAGCGAUACAUCCAGCGUGAUAACUAGCGAUAACGACGUCAUACAUGGGCUGAACAUGGGUGGGAACCCCGAUGACGUGGAGGGGUGCUUCAAACUUAAGAGAUUUAAGGGCUACAUGAAACGGUCGGCUGUCGAACGACGCGAGCGCCGCUCCAUGAGGCGGGCAAGACGCACGACGCGCAACAAUUAUAACUGGCAGCGCCGUCUAAACGACCCUGUUUACGACAUGGAGGCCCGGCGUGCCGAGGUAUUGGCUGCUGAGGGUUUGCGCAACGAAAGUCGUACUCAAGAAUUGUUAAACGCUGAACGGAAAACGGAACGCGUCUUGCACUGGUGCCAGUCCCAGCAAGCCGUAUUGGCUGGCAUGGAUAGCCAUUUGGCACCCAGCGAAGAACAAAUAGACUACCGACUUAAAGAUCUGAAACAAUCACUUUAUGAACAAGUUUCUCACACUUGGGUGCAGUUUUAUGGAGACCGAAUGGCCGCUCAAGCGACACCCGAAGAAAUAGACCAAAUGGUAUUCUACUGUUGGAUGACGCCAACCCGUUGGGUUCGACAAACUGGCCCUAAUUGUGGAUUGGCAGUGCUUGCUAUGGCUGCACGUCCAAUACUGACUUGUGAGGCUGCGAUGGGCAAUGUUCACGAUGAUGAUUAUCAGGUGGUGGAAAAAGCUUUUUUUGAAUCCUCGGAAAAAGAGCAGCGAAAGGCUGAACGCUCUACAGACAAUACUACCUAUCCGCCAGAAAAUUAUGUACCUAAUUUAGCGGACUUUCAAAGGGAAGCUAUAAGAUCAGGAUACUCAGGUCGUGGUGAAAUGUUUAGUACACAAGCUAUGGUCAAUCUGGCUAGAAUACACAAAACCGGACGAUUUAAUGUAACGCUGGUAAAACAUGAUUUAUUGGAUAUGACAGAAGGAUUAAAUAAAGAUGACAUUGAUACUAAACCUGAUAUAAUAAGAUCUGUGGUUGAAAAAGUUGAAGACUUAUGUAUUGGGCCAGCUAACCUUAACACGGAUGGUGUAAUUAACGAAGAACAACAAAACAUCGAUCCAGAUACAAGGAGGAUGUCUGAAAGCGAAAAUUUACAACCAUUGUCAUCUGCACUAAACGUGGUCCAGCGUCUAAUGCGUGGUCACCUUAUCGCUGUUUGUUUUGAUUGCGAUAGGAAUAUGAUGCCAUCUUCGACUGACGGUGGAAGCACCGCUCAUUGGGCACUUUUAUGCGGUGUUAUCAUUGGAAAGUCCCAUAAAAGACCACAAAACAUAAUUCAACAAUGCGACGAUGAAAUAUCUGAUACGUUAAAAUAUGGAUAUCUAUAUGCAUAUGAUCCGAGUAUGACUGAGUUUAUCCCAACCGGUUACAUAGAUAGACGAAUGCUUGAAAUUGAAAAUCCUAAUGGUAGAACAAUUACCAGAUCUAGCCGAAGUUAUAUGCAAAACAUAAAUGUUAAUAAUACUGGUAUAGCAGAAGAAGAUUAUGAUGAUGGAAAUCUAAAUAUCACAGAGGAAGCUAGUAAUUUUAAAUAUUGUGACCUAUCUGAUCAGGAUUUGAAACAAAAUGCUGACCGUGUGUGGGUGGUAGCACGACAUGGAAAAAUAGGCGGUCGAUAUGCUGUGUGGUCUCUCAAAGAGCUUGCUGAAAGUAACUGUCAGUUACGUAAACCUGCGGAUAGGAUUUUACGUAGCAUCCCAUCUGAAAUAAAAAUGUUAUGGAACAACGGACAACAGCCCUUAGAUUGCAUUACAGCCAAUUCUAUUUCGAUUGCUCAUAACUAUGAUAGUACUAACUAUUCAACCCAAACUGACCACACGUUUCAACGAUUGGAGAGCACUAAUGCCGAGUUACCGGUUGAAUAUUGGCCGGAGGAAAACACUGAAAAUCCAGUUUUAGAUCAGAUACAAACGGAAGAACCAUCACUACCACUAUCGACAAUACAAACACCACCAAUAAUACAAGUACCGCCGUUACCACAGCAUAUACCACCACCACCACCACCGCCACCACAAAUAAUACCACCACCGCCCCCCACACCAUCAAUUAUACUCAGAAGAUCCCGGCAUCAAGGUUACGACGAACCACCGUUCGUGUUACCGGAAGGGCCUAGGCUCGAUCUUUGUUUGGCCCAUCAGUUCAUUUCAUUUGAACCUGUCCGGGCGCCUAACAUAAUAUCUGACGAGAACAACCCACAAACACUAAACCCAUUGUCUACGCUUCUGUGUCACUUUUCAUUUAAUAUGAACCACGACUUAAACAAAUUUAAUCUAACCAGAAAUGCUUUAGAGCGUUGGCCAAGGUACUACCGUCAGCUAUCGGAUUCAUCCUCAGACAGUAGUACUUCGCCAGUUCGGCAACCGACGCGUUCAAGAGCACGGCGACGUUGUCAAAGAGACCACAGAGCAAAUCGAGGAGGAAUGCAAUCUUGCCAAAAAGAAUAUCCGGUUCAGUCAAAAUUAGUAAAACAAAUGAAAAAUAAAUUAUCUAUGGAACAAAACCAAGUGCACCCACAAAUAUCAAUUCAGCCUAACCGAAUUGAAUAUUUAUCACGUACCCUAUAACGGCUAUAACCUAGAUUGUUCCAGCAGCUAAUAUUACCACCGUUCAAUUUUUCAAAUUCUAUGCAUUUGGUGAUGCGAAAACAGCAGCUCCAUCAAACCGAAGAUCACCGUAGCAAAUCUUAGAUAUGGUGAUAAGAUAAUAACACCUAUCUUCGAUGAUCUAUUCUUAACUUUUACAUUAUUUUAACAUCACAUCAUACGAUAUAUAUAUUAUUACCGAUUCCAAUGGUUUGAUUUUUAUAGCCUAAAUUUUAUUGGUGCAUUUGCUAACGACUUACUUGAUGAUUUACUUAACAACACAAAUUCGCCAUAGCAUCUGCGAUUUUGAUGUUCAUAGUAACUCCGAUGGAAUAACUAUGACCAACUAAAUUUAGUAAGUAACAUAAUAUAGUGCAUGACUAUUUAUAACUUUAAUGUAUACUUCGAAUAUAUAAUAAAUAAAUUAGUUUUAAAUUCCCUACACAUAAAUAUAAUAAAACUAUAAUCAUUUAUUAUUUUAAGAUAAUAUAAUAGUAGUGUAAUAUAGUUUAUGAUAUACCAGUUAUUGGUGGUGUGUCUGUUUGUGUGUGUGUGUGUGUGUGUGUGAGUAGGGGGAGGGGGGUGAUAAAUUUAAUUAGCAAUAUGUAUACACGAAAUAUAUGUUAUCUACCAUAUAAUUUAGAUUUCCACAACAUAUGUUGUCAUAUGUUUCAGAUUUGUUUCUAUUUCAUAUUUGAUAUUUUGAAUAUGAAAUAUAAAAAUAAAAUACCCUGUAAAAUAAUUCUGUCUAUCUGCCUGAAUGGUACGCAUAUUGACUAGUCCUUGAAAAUUACAAACGUAGAACUUGCCUAGUAGUAUUAUAAUAAUUUCAAAACGAUGUAAAUAUUGAUUAUGUUAAUUUAUAUUAAAGAAAAUAAGUAAUCUAUAAUAGUAUUUAGUAUUUAACUACCGUGUUAUAUUUAAUUUUGUGGGCUUAAAAAAUUCUAAAAAUUUACAUUCAUAUAAUGGAACUAAAUCUGUUUUGAGAUAAAUAAGUUGUAUCAUUAUUUACUAAAUUUUGAUAAUAUUAAUAUAAAAAAUACGCGUUUUUCAUUCUCCGAUGAGCAACCGAUUAUUCGAGCGAUAAACGAUAAACGUAUAAAACUCAGAGCCGCUGACAAGUAAAUGAAAAUAUCUUAUCACUGUAUGAACAAAUUCCGGGAAUUAAGCUACAGGGUAAAAAAUAAAUACCUUAAAACGAUAUUAAUCCAGUAUUUAGAUAAUAAAUAUAUAUAGCAUCAAUGUCAUCUAUCUGGUACAAAAGUAUACGCAGGUCUUACCUUAAGGCUUAAAUUUUUAAUUUAAAUAAUCACGUAUGUAAAUAGGUACGUAUCGUCUUGUUUAUUAUAUUAUUUACGUGAAUUCUGCCUAAAAUUAUAUGUAUAAUUUAUUCAUAUUAAAACGUUAAUAAUUUUUCGUAAAAUAAAUUUUAGUUUAAUUCGUGGAAAUAUGAUUUGAUUUAAGUGAAAUUGUGCAUUUUUAUGAAUUUUCAUUGACGUGUAUGUGCGAAACACUUAGAUAUUAAUCUGAUGGAUGCUGUUGAUACUAUAUUAGAAGUAUAUCUAUAUGUUAUAUACUUUGUUGAUUGUUUAACUAUAGUAAAUUAAUAAUGAUAACUUUUAUUAUAGUAAAUUAUCUACAUUAAAGGAUUCAGUAUUAUGUUUUAUACUUUAGUAUAUUUUAUUUAAUUAUAGUACAGAGGCAUUCAUUAGAAAAUAAACGUGUCACUUCACAAACAAUAUUUCAACAUACUAUACUUUACAAAUUCUGAUAAUUUAAAAAACUAAAAAAAAUUAAUGUAUGUGCAUUGGUAUGUACCUACGAACUAAACUGAUCUAAGGGGGUUACAAACAGACAAUUAUAAAAAGAGUUUAAUACAGGCAUUUUUCUAAGUGUUCACGCGGGUCUUAUAAAUAUGUGCGUAAUAAAUUAUUAGUAUGACUCUAUUUUAAAAUAAAUAACGGAGCGUUGGCCCAGAUUUAUAAAUCUAAAAUAAUGGAGGGGGAGCUAUCAUUUUUCAGAAAAAAUAUAACUAUACAUUUAUUACAUAAUAGAUUAUAAAUAAAAUUAUGUAUACGUUUUGAUAAACAAUACUAACAAUUUUAUUUAUAUUUUAAAUUAAUGGAUUUUAAAUCAUAUAAACUAUUUAAUAUAUAAAAUAUAAAAUUUACAAUCAACAAAAAUAGGUGGAUAUACCUUAUUUCCCUUUCGAUCCACAUUUCAGGGAACAUUUGUAUGCGCACAUAAUAUAAUCACUACCGCAGUGUCUCGUACGCGUAAGAAUAUACAUAUUAUGCUCAUUGAUAUUAUGUACAUUUUAUCAAUUUUACCUAAUAAAUCAAUAACUGAAAAACUGAAAAUAUCAUAAAUUUUAAAUAUUCGAAACAAAUUUGAUAUAGUAGCUUGAUCAACCUCAAUUACCCAUAAUAAACAAUUCGUAAUAGUUUCCAAAAGUAUAAUCGCAUGACCAGAUCUUUCAGUAUGAUUGACAAAAGAUUAGUUUGUUUUGGUUAAAAUAACUAACCGUUUGAAAUACGUUUAAUAUUUAAUUGAUAAGCUUACUUAUUAGAUAUUGAUACCAAUACAAUUUAAAGUUAGUUUGUAAGAUAAAUGUUUAGUUAAUUUUGUGUAGGUAUUAGGGUUUUUUCAUUAGAGAUUAUAGUUUAUUAUUAAUAUAUACCUAGGACGUUCAUCAUAAAAUAAACAAGUGCAUAAUAAUACAGGCUAAACUAAUUUACUAUUAUUUCACCGAUGAGUUAACCUGUUGGAAUACCGUAUUGAUACCAACACAAUUAAAGGUUUUUUAAAUAUCGAUUGAUUUUGGGUAGCCGUGCAGGAACCUAUUAGUUUUCACAACACGUUGUUGUUUGAUUACUUUCAUUUACUAUACCACGAGAAAUUAUUCAGAUGUUCGUCUUUUUAUUAUGUAGGUAUAUCAUGUAUAUUAAGUAGUUAUAAUUUUAUAAACAAGUUUUUAAUUCUUGUAAUAACGUAAUAACACACAUUCGUUACGAUCAUAAUAUGCGUGCGUGAAUUAAAUUUUUCAGACGCAGUAUGCGAAUAAUCCGGGUUAUUUUCCAGUAAUAGCUUUAGGCGUAAAUUUUUGAAAUAAAUCACAUACAAUUUAAAGUAAUUUCUUCAUUUAUCACUUUUAAACCAAAAGUGUACAUAGCAGAACACGUACGCACGUUUUACGCAAUGCCAACGAAUCUCACGUGUAUUUACGUUAUUUGAAUCAAAUUUGUAUUUUUCGAACUUUUUCCUAUUCCCCUUAAAAUACGACAAAACGAUCAUCUACUGCAUUAGUGAAAUUAAAUAUAUAUAAAUAUAUAUACGUAUAUAAUAUUUAUUAUUUUUUAGGUAAAUUAAAUAUGGUCGUAUUUUAGUAUAUAAGUAGUAGAACAUUUUUAAAUUUCUUUAAGCAUGUUGCGUGCCAUCAUUAAUAUAUGAGUCUUGUAACUAUAAACGUUAUUAUAAUAUUACUUAUUUAUAUAUUAUUAUAUUAUAUAUUCAUAAUAAAUAAUAAUUAACCUAAGCUGAAUUAUAAAUACAUUUAAAAGUUGAAUUACCAUCAUAAUUUUAUUAAAUUUCAUUGUUUUCCUAUUAUAUUAAAUACAACAUUUUAUUCGUAUUAUUAUUAUAAUAUUAUAUAAUUAUAAAUUAUAAUAUUAUUAAACAUUUAAUGUUAUUCACUUACAUUACAUAAAUAAUUUAGUAAUGUUUUUUUUGAAUUUAUAUAAACGUGUAGUUUCUACCUAACAACGAUUAUAUUGAUUUUGUGGUUACCAAUCUGAAUUUAGGGGGUUAUUGGUCCUGUGUAGCGUUAAUCGAAAAUUUUUAUGAUAAAACAGGAAAUACCCAUUGGUGCCAACAAUUUUAAUAUAGACCUUAUAAUAUAUUAUAGAAUAUGUAGGAGUCCUAAUCAUAAUACAAGUAUGAUUUACUUAUAGGAAAGUUUUUUUUAUAAUUUGUAUUUACUACAUUUUCUUAAUAAUUAAAUUUAUAAUAAUAUAAUUUUAAUUACGUUAAAUUAUAAAUAAUUUAAAAUUAUUACUGACGUAAGUACUUACAUACAGAUUCUUUGUGUCUCAAUCUCAUAUUAUUUUUAAUUAACUAAUUUUACUAGUUUAAUUUGUAAGUAUAUCGCAGUGAUUCUCAACCUUUUUUCCUCGGUGGGCCAUUUUGGUAAACAAUUAUCUUCUAGCGGGCCGCCAAAUAUAAAAGGACGAUUACCUAAUCUCAAUCUCAAUCUAAUAAAUAAUAAUAUAAUUUUGUUACACAUAGUAAUUAUUAGCAUACUAGUAUCUUUAUAUUUUAGCUUUUAUUGACUAUUAAAAAGAUUACAGAUUGAGAUACACGUUAUAAGUACGCUCUUUAAGUGGACGGGUGAUAUCGUUAUUAAAUUUUAAAAUUUUUAUUUGAAAAUGUCCAAAAAAAAAAUUGCAAAUACAUUUUUAUGUAUAUUUAAGCUUUAUUAUUAAUAUUUUAACUAUAAUUAUUACAUUUUUGGAAAAUUAAAAAGAAAUCAUAAAUUAAUAAAAAAAUCAAUAAUAAUUUUCUUUUUUUUGAAUAUAUUUUGUUAAUUUAUAACCACCUACUACUAAAUUAUAAUUGUUUUCUAGAAGUUCUAUAAUAUUAGUAUAAUUUAUUUGUAAAAAUAUCUAUAAUUUGUUUUCCUAAAUAUUUAGACAAUACAUUGGUAAAAAUGUAAUUAUUAAUUAUAUAAGCCAUUAUACGGCGUUCAACUUAGAUACGAUUUAAUUUUUUCUUUUUUUUUGUUUGUAAUAAAUAUUAGUAUAAUUUUUUCGUAUUAAUUCCUUAAUAAUUUUGUAUGACCGAAAAUAUUAUAUUCAAACUAUCUAAUUUCUUAAAAUACCGUUUCUUUUUCGAAACAAAUCAUUACCUAUGUGUCAAAGUAUAUUGUUUUACUUAUACCUAUUGAAAAUAUGUUUUUAGCUAUUUUUUUUUUAUGUUACUUAAAAAUAAUUAACCCAACCUAAAUAUUUGUACAUACCUAUAUGACAUUUUAUAAAUAUAAAACAUUUUUAUUAUUAUUAUUAUUAUUAUUAUCUGUGUAACUCUUUGUUUGAUUUAUGUAGUAGUUGAAGUUUAUCAUGUUCACACGUACAAUAUAAUAGUUAUUAUUUUAAUUAUAUUGUAUAAUUACGUGUUAAUAUAAAUAUUUACGUUAUAAUCAUAAAAAUAAUUUAUACUCAUAAUUGUAUGUUUGUUACGUGUGUUUAAUAAAAGGUAUACCUACUUAAA